GCGACCACGUUCACGUCAAAUGCUCGCUAGUUUUUUAUGCCGGUCGGUUUGAGUCGGUACCUAUAACAUUUCGAGUGACGGGGUGCUACGCCGAUGUACGUCACCCAUCUGCUUUAUACAAAAUUAUGAAUUUACAAUAAUCGAAAAGCCUCGCCGGGAUGACACAACCAAUGAGUGACGAAGACUGGAGGGUGUUCGACAUUCUCUGCGGCCAAAAAAUGGAUUCUGAAGAUACUAUAAGUAAUCACGAGAUGAUUUCUACAUUGAAAAGUGAACUGGCUGCUUUGCAGUUCAAAAGAGAUCGUCUUAUGUCAGAGCUGCAAGACACAAAAGGCCAGCUUAGRUCUAGAGAUCAAAGAACUGUAGAGCUCGAGGCUGAAACGGAAAUGUUAAAAGAGCAGCAAGUCAGACAAAAUUCUAUCAUUGCCAGUUUGAGAAAUAGGAUAAAGGAAUUGGAGGACCAAGAAAGAUCGUUGACCACGUCAUUGGGAAGAGCAGACAUGUCUUCCGAAACUUUAGCUAGAGAAAAUCGCCAUCAGGCAGAAAAAUGUUCCGAGUUGGAGCGCAGAAUUGAUUUAUUGGAAUUGAACUGUACUAAAGCUGAAAACGYGAGGGAUUCGGCUAGGAGAUCAAUGUCAGAGUUUGUGAGUAGAGCUUCGAUGGCGUUAGGUUACGAGUCUUUGAAUUCAGAUUCUCCAGCUGCCGUUGAUGUGGUCUUAUCUAAAGCAUCGGAAAUGCAUCAGGAAUUAAACAGAUUGCGUCGUAAAAACAUUUCCGUCAGUGAAAAUGUAACCGCGAUAGAAAUAGAAUUGAGGAACUGCAGAGAACAAUUGGAAAGGGCCUUGACUGACAAAGAAAAUCUUCAAAGACAAGCUGCCGGCCAUAUUCUUGAAAUAGAUAAGUUAAAACAAGAAAAAGAACAUUUGGAAAUGCAACAGAGAGUAAUGGAACGUGAUUUAUCCGAGCUAAGGGAUAAGCUGAUGACAACCAACAGGAGCUUAGGUAUCGCUUCUAACAACAUAGCCAGUCAGGAGGCCACUAUAUCCACACUCAGGAACGAUUUAAGAGGGCAUGACGAGAGAUGUCAAAAAAUGCAGAAUGACAUGCAACACUUUUUGGAGUCAUUGGCCGUGUGUCUAACGUCGGCGGAUGGGUAUGUUCAGUCUACCGAGAGUGGUGUCAAAGAUGCGGUGAAGAGACUAGUCAACGAGUUGGCCAAUAAGAGCACACUGCACGGGGAAUCCAAGGACAGGAUAAUCAGCUUGACCGACAGGAUCGAACGGCUGCAGAUUGACCAGGACAGAUUGRCGUCGGAAAAUCGAGUGUUGGCCGAUGAAAAACGCAAUUUAGAGACUAGAUUGAACCACGCCGAGAGCGAACUCAACGUGUGUGAAAUGACCAAAGAACAUUUACGUAAUGACAAAACAAUUGUAAGCAUACAGUGUUCUAAUUUUUUUAAAUGA